GUAAUUAAUUAAUAAUGUUAAAGAGAAAGAAGGAUGGAAGCGGCGCGGCGGGUGAUGUCGCGUUUGCGAGUGGUUCCGCUACUGAUGUUUUCAACCGGUGUCGUAACAGCCUCCUCACCUCGUAGCAAAACUCUACCAGCAUCGAAUACGAAUGGUUUGAGGUUGAGCUCAGCAUCAUCACUAGGGUGGGGGUCUAAAAGAGUUAACAAAUUUCCCCCCAUUGUAAAAGCCGGAGACCCUGUUCUUCACGAACCUGCACGUGAGGUUCAUCUUAGUGAAAUUAAAUCGGAGAAGGUGCAGAAUAUUAUCGAUGACAUGAUUCAUGUCAUGAGAAAAGCUCCUGGUGUUGGUCUCGCUGCUCCCCAAAUUGGAAUCCCCUUUAGGAUAAUUGUUUUGGAGGAUAAAAAAGAAUAUAUUAGUUACAACACAGAGGAGGAGAUCAAAUCACAAGAUAGAAAACCUUUUGAUCUUUUGGUGAUUCUCAAUCCUAGGCUAAAGAAGAAGAGCAACAAGACUGCCUUCUUUUUUGAAGGGUGCUUGAGUGUUGAUCGAUAUCAAGCUAUGGUAGAGCGUUACCUUGAUGUUGAGGUUGCAGGUUUUGAUCGUUACGGUGAACCUAUCAAAAUAAAUGCUUCUGGUUGGCAGGCCCGGAUUUUACAGCAUGAGUGUGAUCACCUGGAUGGAACACUGUAUGUUGAUAAGAUGGUACCUAGAACUUUCAGAAGUUGGAAAAACACGGAUAUGCCUCUGGCCCAUGGGUGUCCCAAGCUUGGCCCCCGAGCUUAAAACUGGUGGCGCAACAUUAGUGAAAAGUUGAUAUUUGUAGACCUUAUAAUGUAGUGCAGAAUCAGAUGCAUUAAGUUAGAAAUAGUGUCAGUUUUGAAAUAAGCAACUUUCAUCAAAUUUUUAGUUUUAUCUUGUUGCAUUUUGUUACUGCAAUCUGUUAUUCUUUCUGAUCAAUUCAUCAUUUCAUAUAAUUUUCAAUACUAGGAUAUUGAUUUUGCUUAGCUUUUCUAUAAUUGUAUAUUUGUAAACGAAUGUGUAGUGUGACACAUGUCAAUGUCUAACACUUGUACAACACUCAUAUGACGCGUAGACAAGUAUUGUAAAAAAGUUAUUCCGUGGCUUAGAUGUAUCUUAGACAUUCAUUUGACACAUCUUACACAUUGCGGUUAAAGACGUGACAAAUGAAUGAUUAUCAAUGAAGUGGUUAAAGACAUUAAA